AACAGAACCAUUGAACGGUAAAGGUGCGCGCAUCAAGACUCUUUCUCACGUAAUCGAAAAAGAAGAACAAGUGAAGAACGAAAAACAAAAAAGGAAGAGAAGAAAAUCAAAACAAAACGGGAGCAACCACAGCAAGACAGUUUCUUUAUUUUUGUUUUGUGUUUUUCGAGAGAGAGGGAGAGCGAAGACAACAGAAAGUGAUCGAGAUGGCGUUCAUGAUGCCCGUUAUGAAGAACAAUUAUGAUAUUUACAAGGACACGCGUUCCCGCAAAACGUCGGAAUGUUCCAAUGCGAGUAGUAACGGUACAACGGCUUUGGCCACUGCUCUUGGAACGCCCGCACAGGGACAGCAACAACAACAUGGUCAGCGGAGACGCAAGGUGUCUGAAUGCAAAUCGGAAAGUUUCGCCACCUCACCAUCGCACGGUCAAUUGGGCGUGACCUCCGGCCACCAAAGGAUGCAAAUGCAGCGGUGUCACAGUUCGCGCGCUUUUCCUCGCAACGCAUCACGCAGUUCGCACGGUUCAAUGCAACAAAUUGUGUCGCCCACGCGCAGCAGUCCGCCCAGCCGUUCACAUACUGCUUCUGCACUGGAAAGACAAGCGGCUGCCCAAGCCGCCGCCAUAAAUCAGAAACAACAACAGACAGCUGGUGGGGAAUCUUCUAAUGACUAUACGAAAUUCCAUUUGCGAUUGGUCGAUAAGCUGCGUAAAUCCUUUCGUAAGGAUAGCGGUAAACGGUCAUGAGAUCAUCGCAGUCAUAAUCCCAGCAACAGCAACAACAACCACAACUACGACAACAACAACGCCAGCAGCAGUGGCAUGGUGCUCCUUUCUAUUACCAGCAACAACAACAACAACAACAUUAGUACAGAAGAAACUGAUGCCAUUUCCAGUGGAAGAUCGUCUGGUCGAAACUUGAGAGAGAGCAGUACAAUAGAUGCAGAAAGGAGCGAGAAAGAAACUACUGACUGGAUGAAUGGAGCAUCGUCUUCCAUGCGAGUGAGCAACGAAGAAACGAGACCAGCUGCAGCAUCCUCAUCUUCCAGAGAGCGGGAUCGCGGCGUGGUCAGUCGGUUGGGGCGACGCUUUCGACGUUACUGCAAAUUCCUGGACACCUCUCACGGCAGAGCGGGGCUUGAUGACGAAGCCGAGACCGAGGCGACGGCAGAGGUCAGCUCCAUGGAGCAAUUAACCGGCAGCAGGAAUAGUAGUCGGCGUCGGCGCAGCGGUAGCAUUGGAAGCGCUAGCAGCCGGCUUAAAAUGCGACUGCGACGCUGCACUUCGUCGCCAGGAUAAGAGGGAGAUGGAUAAUUGUGAACCAGGUGGCAGCGACAGAGAUAGAGAGAGAUAGGAGACUGGAAGUGAAGUGAUGAAGGUGCAGCGGCGUAGCCAAAAUGGGGGUUACAAAAAGUCACUUAACCUAGUUAUUUGCCUUCCCUGAGAAGAGUAGGAAACAGAAAUGUGAGUUGGCGUACAGAGUUGUUGGUGCAAAUUUGUUUGAGCAUAAUCUACAUAUAAUCUAUAACCAAAUCAAUUUCGGUGUACAUAUGCAAACUAUUUAAAGAUAUGCAAUACGUAUAUGAAAACCCAAUACAACAAAUCAAACUCCCAAAUGUAUAAUUAUAUUAAUUUUAUAUAUUUAUGUAGGUCAGGCUUCCAAAUAGAACAUAGUAUAUAUAUGAUAGUAUCCCAAAAUCCAAACCCUCUCCAAAUCAAACCAAUUUUGUUUUUUGUAACUGCGGAGGAAAACAGAAAUUGCAACUGCCAAUUGCAUUGUAUAACGAAAACCACAUCAGCAACAACCCAAAACAAGUCAAAACACUUAACGGAAUAACCAAACAAACUAGAAAAAGAACCACAGAUUUUUACCUUUCAUUUUGUAAUUGCAUAAUUACGAAGCGCAAUUGACAAUAUACUUUUAAAAGCAUUGCGAACAAACAAAACUAAAAUAAAACAAAAUUAAAUGUAAAAUACAAAAAAAAAAACGAAGCAGCUGAAAACAGACUUAAAUUAUAUCGUAAAACAUAUACACACAUCUACUUGUACUAAAAGAUAAUAUAUACAAAAAUGUACCUAGA